GAGAACAUACAGGAGAUCACCUCCGACUUGUUGGUCUCCUCCUCCAGGUACAUGGAGCCUCGUCUCCUCUGUGGACAAAGACACGUUCAAGUUGAAGGAGGUGUACCUAAUAAAGUGGCCGGUGACUGUGACUGCUGUGACAGAUCUUGACAUCUGUCUUUACAGAAUAUACAGCAGAUAAAGCAGGAGGAGUCGUGUUUCCCUGCAGGCUGAUGAUCUCGUCUCCAAGGGUGACCCGGGUCACCGCUCUCCUUGACUCUCUGACCAAACACAAAGAGGGUGUUUCCAGCCCGCGGCCGUGGUCACUUUCACCCGUCACUCAGACUUUCUCCCACCGCCGCCCGCAGACUCCAGCCUCCCACAGAGAGACGUUGCUUAAAAUCACUCGGCUGCAAAGACUCGAGGUUUACCGCAAGAAACAAGGAUAAAUAAUUCCUUUUCUACAUCGGGACUUAAACUGUGAAGGUGAGAGCUCCCUGGAGAUGUCUGCUGUCGAUAGAGGAGGCGCUCGGGAGCCUCGCUGGGAGAACAAGAAACCUUCCAGAAGCCAGGAUUUCAAGCCUCCUCUGGGACUUCUGGCUUGGCGUCGGCCUCCCGUCGGCACGAGCACCUGGCCGCCUGAUGGCUCCCGUUCUGCACAGCACAAACACCGGGGACCCAUUUAUGUGUCUUUUGUCAGUAAGGCCGUCCUGUGGGACCGAGGACUGUGUCACUACACCCCUCCCGUCCGCCCAGUGUCUCGUCCCUCACUGUGUCCACGCUUCCUGUCCCACAUGAAAGCUCGCCCCGAGGACUUCCGACCGCCGCGUUUCCAGAACUUCAAGUCCAGACCCGAGCCUCGGUCUCCGUCUGCGGUCAGGACGCCGAGCGCAUGCACCGCCUUCACCGCUCCACAGAUCCCGGCGCUGGAGGGAUUUUUCCAUCUCACUCCACACAGAAGAAGAGGAAGUAGUAGAAGUAGAAAUGUGGUGAAGGAUGAAGGUGUGAUCACAGGAAGGAGCUCUGCUGUUGUGGUCGUUCCCUGUCCUCCACUUCCUGUCACACCGUCUCUGUCCACCAUCAGUCCAGCGAGGAACCACCACGACAAUCUUCACCUGGAUUUUGGAGGAGGAGAAAAACACAAAGCAAACACGAGUCCAAUGUCUCCAUCGUCUUCCACCUCCUCCUCCCCCACCUGCUCCUUCCAUCGUUCUCUGGAGGACAAAGAGGAAUCUGAGAAGAUGGAGGAUGUUCCUCGAGCCGCUGCAGCGUCCGUCACAGAUCCUGACGUGGAGCUGCUCCUCAGGUCUGCUGGUUCUGGACGCUCAACCUCAGAGAUGCUGCUCUCGCGGACGUCCUUCUCAGAUUUAAGCCGUCCUCCAUCCAGUUUAUUCAGCCGCAGCACGAACCUGAGCGGCAGGAGCAGCAUCCUCUCAGCAGUUUACAGGGACUCAGACCCAGGUGGCAGUGGUUGUUUCUCCAAGUUUUCUCCAGAGCUGCAGUCACCUGUGGUCCGUCACACUGCAGCAGGGACUCGCUCUCACCAAUCCUCUACCACCAACACCACCACCACCACUAGUCUUCCUCUCCAUGAACAAGUCUUUGGCCAAACCAAACAUCUCUCACCUCACCCAACUUCACACCUCCGUCCAAUUUUGGACAAACCUUCCAGCAGUAACACAAAACACAAAACAGCAGAAAUCCAACACCAGGAUGUCGUCACAGAUCCUGGUCUUGACCCAUCCAGGGACUCUAAUCAUGGCCUUGUUCAACUGGCUUUCCCUUCCACCACUUGGUCCUCCUGCCCAAGUCCAGAGAGGACUACAACUCCCCACUGCUCAGGGUCAGGAGCAAAGUUGACCCCUUCUCCUCCUCCACUGCAGUCUCAUCGUUGGCCCGUUCUGCCGCCCAUCUCUCCUCUCGUCAAAGGACGCUGCGGCUCAGCGGCGUCACGUUACUCGGAGCUCAGCUGCAGUCAGUCCCACGUGUUUGACGAGCUGGAGGCCAUCGCUCCCCGGUCGGAUUCCUGUCCCUCACUGGACGAGGCGUCCCACUCGUCGGACUGCCCUUCACCUGACACAGUGCUGUCGCCUGGCCUGGCGGCGCUGACGGUGGGCUGUGACUCGGGGAAACUGGGCCCUCUGUCCCGGGUCCAGCUGCUCCUACUGGACCGACCAGAACCUGAGACCUUGCAGAGUCCUUUCAGUGUGGACGAGGAGUUCUCGCCAGUGCAGGACUGGAUGGAAAUGAGGAUGCAGUAUGAUCCGCGGUUUAAUUCAGAAGGUGUUUUGAGGCCCCUCACAGCUGGCGACGUCUCUGAAAGGUGUGACUCCGCAGGGAAAGUCCAGGAAAACAAAUCGGAUCAGUCUGAAGGAGGUUCUGGUUCUCCGUCUUCAUGGAUCAUAGACCCGAGUCCUUCACACAACAUGUUCAGAUCCUCACUCUCUCCCUGCCCGUCCAACUAUGGUCGCAGCUCGGACGAAGGAGGAGACCCCGACGAGGACGAUGAGGCCUCGGCCGUGGGGAGGAGCCCGGAGAGUCUGAGAAUCAGAAGUGAAGAGGAGGAGGAAAGAAGGACGGAGGAGGAGAGGAGGACGGAGGAGGAGAGGAGGACCAACGCGCUGAACAUGCUCUCCAAACUGCAGGAGGAGCCUCCUCGACAGAGCAGCAGCAGGAAAGGCUCCUCCAAUUUUGAAGAUUUCGACUUUUUGGCAAAGUACUGCAUUUUCAGUCCGGAGAAGCUGGAGGAAUAUGAACGAGCUUUUGAAGCAGAGGACAGCGACGGUGACGGCUACAUCUCCUGCCUUCAGGUUCUUCUCGCUCUGAAGAACAUCGUGCCUUUACAGCUGCUGUCGGACGAGGAGGAGAUCUACGUCUAUAGGAUCCUGGAGAUGGUGGACUUCAGAGUGACAGAUGGACUCGUGGACCUGAGGCUGUUUUCUGUGAUCGCCAGUCUGGCACAGAAAGUCACCACCAUGGAUGACUUCAUGCGAUCGCUCAUCAGCAGCACGGACUUUCGCUCCCUCGAGGUUCGGCUCUUCAAAGCAAAGCAAUUGUUCCUGUUCCUCCUGGAGGAGCAGCGAGGAGACGCCGGACCUCAGCAGGGAUUCAUCAGCGCCGAGCAGCUGCUUCUGGAGCUGAAGGCCGGCGGCAUCCGCCUGGAGCAGGAGGCGGCCGUCAGACUGGAGCUGCAGCGCUUCCCUCCUCUGGACCUGCUGGACUUCCUGGCCUAUCUGCCCCUCUUCAUGCUCAUCCACAAGUCCGUCAUCUCCAACCCUCUGGACGACUCCUGCAGGACCUGACCCUCGCUCACGGUCCGGUCUGUUCCUGUGAGGCUCAAGUAUCUGCGGCACUUCCACACCACAGGGAUUCACUGGAGACAAGUUCACGGGCAUUUUUUUAUUCUUUUAAAACUUUGAGUGGAGGGAAAAUUACAAGAUAUUGAUUGUAUUUUAUGAUUUUAUAUGUGAGAAAGUAUAAAGUUGCCUGUGAAAUGCAGAAAAAACAGUAUAGUUGUGUUUUAUUGUGAAAUUAUGACAGAUUUAUGAUUUAUGUUUGUUUUUAGGGGUAAUUUAUGUAGCUAAAUACAACAUUUAUACCGUUUUAUACUGUUUCAUUUACAGAAACCUUUGGAGCUGACCUAAGUCGUGUCAUAGAAGACAAUAACUCUGUGAUUUCCGUCUGCUUAUCAUAUUCUGAAAUAAUGUUCAUCAUAUGACCUCAUAAUUCACCAAAAAAAAAAACUUAUAUAACAUUAACUUUACUUUCUGUUAUUAAUACGUUUCCAGAAAGAUGCAACAUGAGGUUUAGUCCAUCUGAAAUCUUUUUCUUCAUAAUCACUGCGGUCAAAGAAUCUGAGCCACACACACACAGGCAGACAGAGCCAGGUGGUUGCUGACUGUGUGUGUGUGUGUGUGUGUGUGUGUGUGUGCGCUGAGCGGCGGCACGCUGCUGACUGUCAGGAGGCACGAGCCAUCAGCCAGUUCAGCUCCGUGUCUCCACUCGACCACCACACAAACCCCACUCACUCACUCAUUUCACCAGACACGCGCCGCCCCCGGUGGCUGCAGACUCCGCCCCCACCGCACGCACGUACCUGUCACAGCCAAAGAAAGAGAGAGCGAAAGAAAGAGCGCGUGCCACUGACUUUACAAACUGCACUUUAUGAUUUGUUUGUUUUUUUAAAUAUUUGGUUUCUAGCCUUCCUUCACAAAAACGGUGUAAACCAAAAAACAAAAACAAUUCUUUGAGGUUUUAUUUGGAUGUUUUCUCCAACUUUCACUCAUUUUGGAUUAUUCCGCACUUUUAAACGCGAUGUGAUUAGAAAUAACUGCAAGAACCGGAACUUUCUAGAAAUUGUUUAAAAGUUAAAACGUCUUUAAAAGUUAUUUCUUACAAAUUCUCUCGUGUAUAUAAACAAAGAAAAGGACUGCAUCGUUAUGUCACAGCCUCACAGCUGCCCGCGCGUGAGACACUUGUGUCGCAGUAUUUUUUGGACACCUGCGCACUUUUUGUGCUCGGUAUGAAACAAAAAAAGUGAUCACACUUGAGGAAUUCCCUGUUGUAUUUAUGCUAAAAAACGUUUAAGUGUGGAAUUUCCACAGUGGAGUGAAGAAAAGUGCGUGCGUAAAGCGUGCGUAAUUGUGCGUAAAAGUGUGGGUUUCUUUGUCCCUUUUCUGUCCGUCUGGUGCAAUUUAAAGUUUCCCAUUCUUUCUCCUCGGUUCCCUCUCACUUUCCCUUUCAAUUAUAUGCGUCAAUAAACAUAAAAAUGACACUAUAUCUUAAUUUUUAGGACCGUAUUUUUGAAUAAAUGCCAAGAAAGUGAGUCAAAAAAGGCUGUAAAUGUGAAACAGUCAACAAGAAAGACGACAUGCAAGGUCAUUCAGUAGCAAAUCAUUUUUAUUCUUGUCCUAGAGUUUAGAAAAUAUGGUUAUAAGACUUUUCUUCUUCUUCUCAACAUGUGUUUGUGUGAAGACAAUAAAGAGCCGGCAGUGUCAGGAGACGUUUGGACAAUA